AUGGAUCAAAGAUCAGCAAUAGGAAAUAUAUUCAGUGCAAUCAGAAGUCUACCUCAGGGUCACGAUAAACCAUUAAAACAAGCAUUCUACAAUGCAAUAGCUCUCUUAUUACUCUGUGUAUGUUGUGCAGCAGGAUAUGCAGUUUUUGUGAUUUUAGAACCCUUCGUAAAGCCCCUAAUGUGGGCUGUUCUGGUUGGAUCAGCUCUACAUCCUAUGAAACGUUAUCUACGCGAUAAAUUUCAAACAUGGUUUCAAACCUUAGAAGCUAAUAAUACUCCAAUUGUGUUUGGUAUAAUUCUUGUACCAAUAAAUAUUGUAAAUGAUAUUUCAGAGUUUAUUGGAGAAAAUAUAUGGAAACGUCUAAAAUUAAUUAUAUUAAUAGGGGUGACACUUCCUAUUUUUGUUCUUAUUUACAAUUAUACUCCCAGGUUAAUUGUAAGAAUACUAUGGCAGUUAGUGCUGUAUACUUUUAGCUCCCUUAAUUUUUUGAUAGAUAUAUCUUCCUUCUGGUUAGUGAGCUUUGUGCUGAUAGGAUACAUCUCUAUAGUAUUUUUGCUGUGGAGACCUGAUAACAAUAAGAAGUUCCAUUAUGCUUCCAUAGGUAUAUGGUUGCUGUGUUCAAGCUGUCUAGCCAAACAAUUUAACUACUAUCAAUUACCUGUUUUUAUUGUAGCACAAAUAAUAUUUUUUGGAGGUUUUAUCUCGGAGGUUUACGAAUACUACAGUUGUAUGAACAAAGAAGGUCAGUCCGUCACAUUACUAGAAUCGGUAUCUUCAGUAUUGAAUGAACGUCAAGUAGCUGAUGAAGAAAUGGAGACAAUAGAGCAAGAAAACCCGGAAGAAAUCGCUGACACUGUUGCACUACCAGAACCUCCAAAAUUUAUUCAACCUGAUGGCCAAAAAGAACAACAAGGAACUACAUCUAAUAAUCCUAGGGAUCCUUUGUCUUUGGAUCUGUUUGACAAUGGUACUUCAGUAAGCAGUACUUCUCAGAAAGCACAAGAUAAUAUAUUUAAGACUAAACCCCCUCUAAAAAGAUCGUUAUCCCAACCUUAUUUUUCUUCUAAGAGUACUAAUGAUUCCACGUUCAAAUUCGGUAAGAAAAUAGGAUACUCCCAUUCAAGUCUUAUUGAUACACAGACUUAUGAAAGUAAUUUUUACUUAAUGUCAGUUAUGUGGGCGUGCGUUGUAAUGUUGUUUUGGAAGAACAUUAUGUUAUUGUUCCUUCUACCAAUUCCCAUCUUAUUUUACAUUGUUAAAUACUUUGGUUAUUAUAUUGGCUUAUGGAAUUAUAUGUACGAAAAAUGCUGUGAUAUAUUUGAGAUAGUAGCAUCUUGGUGCCACCAAAGGCACGAUGCCUUAGUACCUGUGCCAAUUAGAGGCUUAUACCACAUUAUACACAAAGUAAACCAGUUGUUAAAAAACGCAGUCAAAGAUAGUAUAGAUACUGUUGCUAGCUGCGUUGUUAUCUUCGGUUUAAUUAUCUUCCUAGCUUGUGCUCUGCUUUUUAUUACUGUACAAAUUUAUGCAGAAGCCAUAAUGUUGGUUCAAAUGACUGGUUCUCUUAUUAACCAAACUGUUGUUCACAAUCCAGAACUGAAACAAGUUCUGCCACCUGCUUGGGAUGAUACUGUUGACUCGAUUUUAGAUAACGCUUAUAUGUAUGGCAGAGAGGGUAUAUCCAAAACAGUCAAAGGAUUGGUGUCUGAUGUUGAUCCUCUUAAAUCAGAGAAGUUGGAAAAACAAGUUCUGGAACUGUGGGAUAGAGUCUAUCAAAACUGGAUGUCUACGAAUGAUUCAAACGGUCCUAAAGUGACUGAUGAUGCUGUACAUACUACAUGGAAUAAUUUUGUUGAAGACAUUCAAAAAUCACCUGAGAUGUUUAACUUGAAUGGUAUAAUGGAUUUUGGCAAACAAAAUAUUGGUACUUUAAUGUCUUUAAUGGAAUCUGUUUGGGGUAUUUUGAAAGGAAAUAUAAGUCUGAUUCUAGGAUCUUUCAGUACUUUUGUUUCGGUUUUGCUAGGUGGCGGUACUGCUGUACUGAAUUUUAUUUUAAAUGUAGUAGUUUUUUUAACAACUCUAUUCUACCUCUUGAAUUGUAGUGGGGAUCUCUAUAAACCUGUUGCACUAUUGACAAAUUUCUCUCCGAGUGGGAAACGUUUUGGGCAGGCUUUGGAAGGGGCGAUUAUAGGAGUUUUCUCGGCCUCUCUCAAGAUGGCAGCAUUUUAUGGCAUGUGGACGUGGUUCAUACAUAACUUGUUUGGUGUUAAAAUCGUGUAUUUACCUACAGUUUUUGCAAGUAUUUUAGGAGCGGUACCUUUUCUUGGGACUUACUUGGCGUGUAUACCGGCAGUACUGGAUCUUUGGUUAGCUCAAGAUAGAGGAAUAGAGGCCAUAAUAUUUGCUGGAGUACAGUUUUUACCCACUUCUGUUGUUGACACUACCAUUUACAAAGAAAUAAAAGGAGGUGGUCAUCCUUACUUAACCGGUUUAGCUAUAGCAGGUGGCAUAUUCUGUUUAGGAAUGGAAGGGGCUAUUAUAGGUCCGAUGCUGUUGUGUGGACUAUAUGUAGCUAUAGAUUUAUCUUCCACGUUGUUUAAAGAAACGCCUUCUGACGAGGCAAUGAAUUUGAGGUUGAGGCAUUUGCAAAGCACUUGA